AUGAGAGAACAUCAGGUUUUAACGGGCACGGCUAAUCUAGGUGAUAGCACAGUGUCUGUAGGCUACGUCGACGGCAUUGCAAUCGUGGCAUACGCUUCUGGUUGUGAUGUUGUCAUUUUAUCUGGCCAAUUUCAACGUAUUCAGACCAUUGCUGACCUGCAUCCUAGUAUCGCUCUGAUAUCUUGCUUGCGUUGCGCUGAAGUUGGAGGCAAGAUCGCUGUGGGAAUCGAAAAUUGCGUUUAUAUUAUUGAACCUAAACUAGUAUCUUCUAAGGAUAUAGCACGGGACACUGCAUCAUACUUUUGGGAAAAAGCUGCAGUUAUUACUACCGAAAGCAACGUAACGAACUUGCGUUGGACUCGUGAUGGCAUGUCGUUUAUAAAUAAUUUGACGGGUUAUAAUCGUAGCCAGAAGACUAUUGCACCUAUUCGACUCGUGGAGUUCUCUCCAGAUGAUGAACUAUUUGCUACUGCAGGCGAGGACGACUGCAUGGUGAAAAUAUGGUAUAGUUCUAAAGAUUCAAAUGGUUCUUCGGAUGAAACUCAUGCUUCUUCAGCGGAUACUAGAUACAGCUUCAUAUAUAUUACGCAUCCUAGAGCAGUUACUGGAUUCUCUUGGCGAAGCACCAGUAAACACAUGUUAAAAAAAACCGUAGCCAAUGUUCUACUUACAUGUUGUAUGGAUGAUAUAUGUCGAAUUUGGAAAGAAACCCUGCCUUAUUAUCAUCCAUUAGAGCACCAAUCCCAGGAAAUAUCGGAUAAAAAUCCUUCAAUCCAUAUAGGUAACUCUCAGCGCCCUGGUAAUACUUCUGAUGGAGAAAUAAGAAAAAAUGAUGUAGCAUCCCCUGUAUUACAUUUUCAUAUCGCUGCCAGUAUUCAUCCUAGCAACGAUAUGCCAUUACUUCCAGCUAUUACUCCUAAAUCUGGUUCUAAUAGUAAUAAAGCGCCGUUCAUCCUUCAUUGGCUUAACAAUAAAGAACUCCAAUACUCUAUCUCCUUUGAAGCAAUUACGACGACCAUUGCAGAAUCUAGUAGCACUGAUUCUGGUAUAGAGUCAGCUGCUAAGGGAAAGAAAGGAGCUACCAGCAAAGAUCGCCUUAGUAUUCCUUCUGGAACACAGGGCGAAAAUGAAGAAUUCUCUGACUAUGAAGGUGCGCAAGACGAUGAUACCCCUGAAGAUACUGCUACUGAUAAAUUACAACCGUCAAAUGAUAUUUCACUCAAUACUGAUAAAUCCAACAAAAAGUGGAAAAGAAUCAAGAAAAGGGGUGGUAAGAAGGCUCUCGAAUAUUUUAAGGUCCACAAAAGACAAAGUCGUGAUAUCACAAGUCUAUUCGGUAGCGGGCGGACCUCAUCUGUUAGUAUACCUACCUCUAAUGUAUCUGCGCUUAAUUCUAAUCAGAUGAAAAUUAAUGAGCUCAAUCGCCAAUGGAAUCAGAGUACUGAUUCACUAUUUUGUAUUCAUCCAAAAGAUGGCUCUCUUCUGGUAUGGCUUAUUGAAUGGCUGGACGAUAUUGCUCCAUCUUGUUAUCGUCAGCCGCACGUUAGCUUUUCAUCGCGCAUACCGAAUGCUGUACCUACUGGCGAUUCCUGUACACUGUCCCAAAAGUUAUGUAUUUACAGAACUAAUAAACAAUCAACCGUAAGAGAUAGUAGAAUUAAGCCAAACUUAAGGAGGGCUAGAUCAUUAUCUACUCAAAGGUUGAAUCUAUUGUCUAGAACGGCUUCUGUACAGCGUGUUGAUGCAUUAUCAGCUCUUUAUUCUCUAAGAAGUGAUUCUACUGUUGAUAUUGUUAUGAUAACAACUCAUUCUGAUGGUACAAUGAACAAAUGGCAUGUUGGAUUUGCGGAUAAUUCAUACUAUAACACAAUAACUAGUUUAACUCAUGGUGCUCGAUGCUGUGGAUCGCGCUUUCAUACCGAUUCCGUUUAUUGCCAUCCAGUGUUACCGUUAUUACUUACAGUAUCACAUCAAAAAGACAAUGCUAGGAAAAAUUCUAAUAGUAAUAAUAUCAUCACUGAUACAAGUCUUAAAAGUUCGGAUGAGGAGAAAUAUACUAAAUCAAGUGAACUCAUGCUAUGGCGAGUUGAUUGUGUAGGCCCAAUGUUUCAAAGUGGUGGAUUGUAUGAAUUAGCUCGGAUACAAUCUAGUCGAUGCUCAGAUUUUGUUGCUGUAGCUUGGCUACCGUCGUUACUAUUUAAUUCGCCCUUAUCAACCUCCAGUAUGUCUCUCUCAAUAGUUUCUGCAACCCCGUGUGCUUGCUUUGUUGCAUGCGAUCGCCGAUCAAUUAAGUUUUAUCAAGCAAUUCUGGAUGCGCAAGCGAUGUUAACUGCUGCUCAUGAUGUUCAUAACCAAAUACGCGAUGGUUACAUGACAACCAAGAAAGAAACUUUUGCUACACUUCCCGGUUAUGUUGAUCCACAUUUUAUUGACAGCAUAGUCAGUUUACAAUCUGGGAAGCAGCCUGGUUGUAUCCUUGAAUUAUGCACAUUAAAUGAUUCCAAUUGCAAAUUAUCCGACCCAAUCUUUCUGCAUGUAUUUUCUGAGAGUUCGUUAUUUGGUCCAAGAGUAACUCAGCAUGGAAAUGAUAUUGGCCAACGAGCUAAUGAGCAUUAUUUCGUAGUUGGCUUAGAAAACAUUAAGACCAACGAUAAUAAAAUCAAAACUAUGUUAUACAUGUGGCGCAUUUUAAUUAUUACUGAAGUCGAACCAUUAAAGAACAAGCAAAACAAUGCUGAAAAGUCAGAUCAAAAUGUGUUCAAGUUUACCGAAAGUGCGAUAGAGUCGCUAGAAUUAUCAACUGAGUCAACCGUAUUUGACAAUACGCCUAAAACUCCAAUGUUUUUGUCAUCAAUGCACACAUCUGCUUCUAUCCAAUCUUUAAAAGUGUACGAGAAAGAGUUGGAUUUGCCCCCUGAUGUCUAUGUAACAGAAGCCUCUGCUUCUAGUGACACGUUUAUUACGUCUGCAAUUCAGAUAUCUUCAAAACCGAAUUACCUAAUUUUAACGACUUGUAGUGAUAGUGUGACAAGAUUUUGGAACUGUGCCUCAGUUCUUGAGAAUCCACAAGAUAUCACUCCUAGUGCGUAUGAACCAUUUUUAUGGUAUAUGUGGAGUGCUAGUCGCCUACAUGAUCCAGCUUCUACAGCAUCCAAUAAAAGGCUUGUUAAUUGUUCAGCAAAUGGCAAAGUUGCUUGCUUAGAGGAGAUGAUGUCGGAUAGUAACAAAUCCGAUUGGGAUGUUAAGGUAUCUAUAUGGGAAUGUGAAUCAACUGGUUCAUCCGUAUGGAUUUUAGAUGAUUCAUUAUACUUGUCAGAUUAUGGAUUACAGUCUAUGCCAUUAAUAGCCAAUUCUGAUAAUGAUCUCAGUUCUCAAGACGAAAACGUAAAUUUGAACUUGUGCUGGUCACCUUGUGAAGAUGGUAAAUUCUUACUAACAGUUGCCGUAGCUUCAAAGGUAUUUAUAUUUGCGGAGUCUCUCAUUCCUCCGUAUAGUAUUGGUGAAUUAUCAAGUAAAAGUACAGCAUCGUCAUUAAAUACGCCUAAGGCAUCGCCUUCUGCUGUAUCGCCUGUCGUUCCUGCAAGCUGGCAAAAAACGAGUACUACUGCAACGCAAAUCAAGCCUGUUAAACAUCGUUGGUCAAUAAUUCGUGAAGUAAAUAUAGAUGCAUACACUCUUUAUAAGUGUCCACUUUCCAUUGAUUUACUGACAUGGUGGAAUGAGAGAAACCCAUCUUAUGAGAAAGUAUCUGUGCCUGGUGAAAAUGUAGCUUUUGCUACUAACGAUGAAGACAGUACUGGACUAUUUGAGAAGGCUUGGUUUACAAUGCCUAUACUACCACAGUAUCAUCCACACCAACUCAUUGAGUUGAUCAAAUGUGGAAGAAUUCGUCGUGCUCGUGCGAUUCUAGCUCAUCUCCUGAAAUGUGUCGCUGGCGCUGAAGCUACUUCUGUAGCGAUAGGUGCUGGUGAUGAAACCCAGCGAUCUCGUCAAUUUAGCACAGAUAGUAACGGUAGUCACAAUAAAUCAUUUUCAUUUAGUAGGAGUAGGAACGUAAGUACCAGCAGCUUCAAGGGUAUUAAUCCCGAUGGUGAUAUAGAAGAAGAAAGAACGUUAUCAUUCUUACCUUUGCCUUUACACUUAUUACUUCAAGCAGAUCAGGAAAAUUAUAAGAAAUUAUGUAAGUUGGAAGGUGAGAAAGGGGUUGAUAGCGCUGCAGGGUUCAUGGAUAUAGACGAUUACGAUAUGUUAAACUAUGACGAGAAUCCAAGUGCCUUGUCAAGUUCUCCUAAAGGUGAUGAUAUGGUAGCUAAUAAAGAACUAGCAGAAAAUCAGACGCUAACUCAGAUUCGACAAAAGAGUUUAACGUAUUUUGGAGUAGCACAAGCGAAACUACUCGCUUCUAGUCUGGCUAAAAUGCAACUCCCUGGUUUAACUAGCCUUGAUCAACUAUACCUGUUAACACUAGCUGAAGAUAUUGGAUCAAUUAAAGUUGAAAUUGGAGCAUUUUCUCAUCAAGAUAAAGAUGAAGAAAGUACGUUUCAAACUACUAAUCGAAUGACAGCAGCAAGUUCCUUUACUAGUAGCGAUGGUGGUGGUUAUGCUAAUGUAGACAGAUUGUCGUCUGGAAGUGGAGUUGAAUCUGUUGAUGAUUGUGGCCUUCGGUUCCUUUUAGCGAUGAGAUUGCAUAUAGCACUGAAUCGUUCUUUACCUCCACGCUAUCGGAUGUCAUUAGACAAACAGAUGUCUACAUCUAAUUUUGCUUGGGCAUUUCAUUCUACUUCUGCUGAAGAUUUGGUCGCUCUUAUACCUGCUGUUCAUCGUGGCGAUCCCUCUUGGGAAGAACUUCGAAUGGUUGGUGCAGGUUGGUGGAUCAGGAGUAACGAUCUUUUAAGGCGAUGUGUAGAAAAGGUUGCAAGAACUCAAUUUAAUGCCAAUCAAAAUCCGUUAGAUUGUGCGUUAUUGUAUUUGGCGAUGAAAAAAAAGAGUUUAAUAACAAACUUGUUUAAAACGGUUCAGGAUAGCAAGAUGACCCAAUUUUUUGCUCAUAACUUUGCCGAAGACCGAUGGAGAAAGGCAGCUUUAAAAAAUGCUUAUGUUCUUCUUGGACAGCAGCGUUUCGUGGUCGCUGCGGCAUUCUUCUUACUUGGUGGAUCUCUAUGGGAUGCUGUGGAAGUCUGUUUGAAUCGAUUAAACGAUUACCAAUUAGCACUUGUUAUUACAAGAUUACAUAGUGGUGAUGACUGUAAUAGUAAUCAGACUUUAUAUCGGAUCUUAAAUGAAUACGUAUUAGGCAAUGCUGAUGACAAUGAAGGAUUACGAGAUCCUUUCUUACGUAGUAUUACCCAUUGGUGGCUUAAAGACUAUGCUAUGUCAUUAAAUAUUCUCCUCGAUACUGUUAGUUCUAAUGAAAUUGACAGUGCAACUGGUUACGAAAUCGUAAAUCCUGAUAUAUUUUACCUAUAUUAUUAUUUGCGACUUCAUCCAGUAAUUAAGAAGACUCGAUUUGCUGCAGUUCCAGCAUCCCUUCAACAGCCUAGUUCUGCAACAAGUGCUAUCUUAUCGAGAAGGGCAUUAUCUAAACCUAACAACAAGCCACUACUGUCGAUUGUUACAAAUACUAAUGCAAAAUCCUCUUCAGUAGGUAUUGGCGAAGAUGGUUUAUUAUAUAGGAAAGAGCGCCGACUAUUCUUUGCUGCCGCUAACACUCAUUUUAAAACAGGUUGUCCGGCUUUGGCAUUAGAGAUUCUCUCACUCUUGCCUGAUACGCUUAAAGAUGGUAGGAAUGGUCGUCAAACUAUUAAGGCAACUUCAGUAGUAUUAUCACCUGCCCCUAGUAGUAGCGUACCAAACGAAAUUAUUCAUACUGGUACAUUCGGCACAUUCGAUUUCAAUGAUGGAAGUCAGCUACCUAGUACCUCAGCCAACAAAACUUCCAAUGCUACUGACUUCGAUUGGAGCCAGCCGGUAUCGACUCAGCUUGAGAAAAAAACAAAUAACUUUGACUACAAUCAAACUACUUCAGAUAAAUCGAAUGAUAAUGCCGCCAGCUUUGACUGGAGUCAGCCUGCUUCGGAUACAUUACAAGAUAAGGGGAGCGAUUUUGAUUGGAGUCAACCAGUAUCUAAUAAAAUUAAUGAUACUGAAGAUACAUUUGAUUGGAGUCAACCAGUAUCCAAUAAAAUUAAUGACACUUCAGAUACACUUGAUUGGAGUCAACCUGUAUCAUCAAAAUUGACAGAAGAUCUAGAUAUGGAAAGCUAUACAACCGGUCCAGACCUGAAAGUGACAAAUGCCAGUGGUGUUGAGAUUGACAAUGAUACUAAUAUUAAUAAAGAAGAUCAAGAACAGAUUGGAGAUACAAGUAAAAAGACGAUAGAAGACAGCAUGUUAGAACAUUUAAAAUUUUUUGCUUGCCUGAGAAUAUUAUUAGAAGAACUAAGGGCUUUACCUGCGGAUUGUGAAAUUACAGGAAAUACCAACCGUUUAAAAUCCAGGCUUACUGAAUUCUUAAAACAGGAAUUCGAUGCCUUAGCUGCAUUAUGUGAUUACUCCGGUGGUAAUAAGGCAGAAUUUGCUACAUUAGAAGUAACUGAUGAUGACAAGCAAGCUGAGGAUACGAACGAUACCGUAAAUCAAAAUAAUGCAAGCAAUACGCUUUCUGUUAAUAUUUCAGAAGAUACAUUAUCUCACAAACGAGCAGUUGCUAUAGAAAGGAAGAAAUGGUUAUUACGAAAUCAAAAGUUGCUAGCAGCAUUACUAAACUAUUGCACUCUACAUGGAGCAAAUAGUUCAGGAUUAACUACGAUAAGGAUGGGUAUACUAUUAUUGCUUCAUGAAUCGCAACCUCUUUCGCAACAACAACAACAGCGUUUGUCGCUAAUACCUCCGUCAGAAGUUCCCCCUUUAGUAACGUCAACAUUGUCUUCCUCUCCGUUAUUUACCAACCCUAUCUCACUAAUUCGUUCCCUAACUAAAGAUAUUUUAUUACCUCUAUCGCAACUGAAGAUGCCACCCAGCCCUGAUCGUCCUGUGGGAUCAAUAUCUGUACUGCUAUCAUUAAGUAGUACGUUGUCUUCGUGCAUUUAUCAAUGCUUAUGUUGCGAUGUCUUUGACGGGGAACAGGACCGCCACACGUUCAGUAGUCAACCAUCCUCUCCUAUCUUUAAGAUAGCCUCAUUUGAAAGUAAUAAUCGCCUCGAUAUGAUCGAAAAAUAUCCAUAUUCUCAACCUAGCAAGUGGCCGGGUAUGCAGGCAUUGCGAUCUCUCUUGUCUCGUGAUGGUGCCGAAGAAUCAACUGCGUUAAGAGUUCUACUGGUAGAGUGCUCUGUAGCAGUAUAUCUUACUUUGUUGGCUUCAGCAUGGUCGGAGCAUCUGCCAAAUCAAUUAUUUCGUCUUAUUGGUAAUCCUUUAAGCGAUAAAAUGUGGUUAAAAGUAUUUGGUGGAAGCGUAAAACUAACUCCAAAAUCAACACAGAAUAGUAAACCUCCCGGACAUAUUGAUACUGCACGUCGACGAUUUAAUUAUAAGGUAUUUCAAAGUAGUGGAGAUGCGGUAGACCAUAAAAAUACUCGUUCUGAAAAGUACAUACCCCCGCAACUUCAUCUCUUGGAAUAUUUCCUGACUAAGCCCGACAUGACAGAUAAGGAAAUAAACUAUGAUUCUCAAGAGUCCGACGAGGAAAGCUGUGAUGAACUUUCCGAUGUUUACGACGAUGAUAUUGACGGCGGAUCGGAUACUGAAAAAGAAGUGCAAGAUCAAGCAAGAUAUGAUAGCUUCAGUUGGGCGCUAAUGAAUUAUGCAAUUAUUAAGUUUGUUUAUAAUAAAUUUCAAACUCUAUUAACUGUCGCUGGAAUCGAGCUUUCAGAAUUACCUAGCUCGUCGUUGCUGUUAUUUAAUACGAUGAAAAUGCUAGAGCGCUGGCAACGCGUGCUAUUGGAAAAUUUGGAGGCUUUCAACGGUCCGCCGUCUAAUUUCAUCAAUUUUGUCGCUACUCCAAUCCAAGAGGAUAAAUCGCGAGAUGUUGCAGUUUUUAAGUACAAAGGCCUCCUUGAGCCUUUAAACACACCUUUCAGUGAUAACCGAAAGGCAGGUGCCGAGGGAAGACUGUGGAAAUGUUUACUGAAAGAGACUCUAAGUGUCUUUGUUGAUUACGUUUUCCGACAGCAAACAGGAACAGAUAGUACUGAUCAAGAGAGUUGUAACACAGAAAGUACGAAUACUACCGGAAAUAAUGCUGGCAGCAGUGGUCAAGAUGAAGAAAUUGUACUAUUCAAGAGCGCCGAAGCUAUGAAUUCAUUUUCUUUAAAUAACGGGAAUCGUAAUUGUAUAGUCGUAGCUGAUAAAGAGGAUCUAAUUGAACUUGACGUAUCACCGAUAUUAUGUCCAGAUACAUCCACUUGGAUUGAUGAUAAUGAUGGUCUCGCUAAUCAAGGAACUGGAUCUUCCUUGAGUCUAUCAGGAGCGGAUGAAUUCGUUAUUAUUAAAUCAAAUAAUCAAUCUUCUGUAAAUUUUGGUUCGCAUAGACAGUCUCAGGCUUUCUUACCUAUUGCAUCCGAUACAUCGGAAUCUCUGCAAUGUGGGAAAGCAACUAAUGUGCUUUUGAAGAGACCAUCCCAAUUAGCGCGUAGAACAGAUUCACACCCGCAGCUACCAUUCUAUAUUUCUGGCUCACAAGAUGGCAGUGUUCGAUUAUGGGAAUAUGGUCAUGCUCGUUGUUUAUCCACUGCUAGAAAAUCUCUCAGUCAUUCUUCGCCUGUAACUGGAAUUCAUUUUACGCCUCAAGGCAAUAAGUUUGGUGUUACUGAUGGCAGUGGAACCCUGAGUCUUUGGCAACUUACAGGCAAUUCGUCGAAUUCGAAGCCAUAUAUGAUGUUACGAUGCCAUAAAGCGGCAAAUGAUUUCGCUUUCGUUGGAUCAUCCAGCUUCAUUGCUACAGUUGGUCAGUCACUGGAUGGAAGAAAUCUGUGUUUGUGGGAUACACUUGUUCCUGUUAGAAGCGCACUAGUUAAAGGCUUCAAUUGUCAUGAAAAUGGUGCUGGUGUUGUAGCUUAUGCUCCGAUGCGGCAAGUUAUUAUCACCGGCGGCAAAAGGGGACAUAUAUGUAUCCUAAUUACAACUGUUUAUGAUGUGCGUCAGCGUCAGCUUCGAUAUUCAUUCCUUGCGCAUGAUGCUACAAUAAAUUGUUUGACAAUUGAUGAAACUGAAGAAUUUUUCAUCACUGGUUCCUCGGAUGGUGAUAUUAAGGUUUGGAAUAUGUCCUCACAUGAUGAACUUGGUAAAUUUAACGGGAUACACACAAGAAGCGGGAUUUUCAAGACUGCAGGUAUUGGCGUUACAAAGCUGGUUCUCCUGCCUCAUGGACAAUUAUUUUCAUCAGGAGGAGAUGGAACGAUUAAAUUUCGAACGUUACCUGAGACAAUAGUGCCACGUUAUGAUCGGUAA